AUGUUCAACUCUGGACUGCAUCUAAAUGAUGUAAUGAAUGAAGCUCAAAGACGAUCAAGCAAUUUAACUUCUGGAAGCUCUAGUGAAUCAACUGAUAGUGAUGAUGAAAGUGAACGUGUUUUUAAAUUUUAUACAGUACAGGGUAAAAGUGAUCGAAAAACCAAAUCAAAUGACUUUGCUCAUAAACGUUUUGAAGGUGACUUCUAUUCACGAGGCUAUUCAAGAUAUGGUGAUGUGGAUUCAGAGUCGACAGUAUUUAAAUAUGCUGGCAUCAUGGGACAUAAUGGGAGAAAGAAAAAAACCUAUUCUGAUAGUGAUACAAUAGGCAGUUCAAAUAGAUAUAAUUAUAGAUAUUUUAAAGAUAAUUUUAAAAUUAAAGCAAAGUCAAGAAAUUAUCACAGAGAAGAUGAUAGUGAAACGAUGGAUGCUCAUGGGGAGAAGACACGUUUCCAAGGAGAAAUACGAGACACAACUUCUGUUAAUGAUGAACGGAAUGGAGGGACUGAAAAACAUAGCGAAGAGGAUGGAAAAAAUUCGGAAAGGAAAGAAUUCUCAAACGAGUCUAAAAGGGAUGGAGGAAAACCACUAGUUGCACGGCCUAUACCAGGUCCGGAACAAGAAUAG